GAGAAUAUCUUCACAGAAAACAAAUAUCCGAAUCAAUUUCUUCCAUAACCUUAUCCUAAGCCAAUCACACAGACAUCCCCCACUAAGCAUCCAACAUGAGCGACGACAAUAGCCCCGUCACCGCGUACCCCGCGACGUCAAUCACGGCGCAAAACCAAGAAGGUGGCCCUGGCCUCGAUGCCAAAAUGGAGCAAAAAGCAGAAUGGUCACGUCUCGAAUUCUGGGACGAUGAUCAGAAGCCGUAUCUCAAAGAAUACGAAGGCCGCGGCCUGCUCCAAGGCAAAGCAGCGCUAAUCACUGGCGGCGACUCUGGCAUCGGACGUGCAGUUGCCAUUUUGUUUGCAAGAGAAGGCGCAGAUGUAAGCAUUGUGUAUCUGCCCGAGGAAGAGGAAGACGCACAGUAUGUCAAGAAGAGGGUUGAAGAGGCAGGCCGCAAAGCCAACCUCAUGCAACUCAACCUGCGGGAGCGCAAGAAUUGCGAGCAAGCCGUCGAGCAGCACAUGAAGGCAUUCGGAAAGCUGAACGUGCUAGUCAAUAAUGCCGCAAUGCAAGAAAUGGUUACCGACAUUACCGAAAUCGAUCUUGAUGUCACAGAAAAGACUUUCCAGACAAACGUCAUUUCCAUGUUCGCAAUGAGCAAGUACGCACUCAAGCAUAUGAAGCGUGGCGACUGCAUUGUCAAUAGCACAAGUGUCGCUGCAUACAUGUCUAAUCCCACACUCCUCGACUACGCAUCUACCAAAGGCGCAAUCGCAACCUUCACCAGGGGUCUGGCGCAGCAGCAAGCACCCAAUGGAAUCAGAGUCAAUGCAGUCGCACCUGGAAUCAUAUGGACCCCUCUCCAACCAGCCACCAAGGCGAACCCUGCAGAUGCCAUGGAGUCACUGGGAGUGGGCGCUUGUCCGCUAAAUCGGCCAGGCAUGCCUGUUGAGAUGGCCACGUGCUAUGUGCAUCUUGCGUCGCCGUUGGGAUCGUACUGCACGGGUGAGGUAUUGCAUGGCUCGGGCGGCAUAGAGAUGCAGGGGUAGGGGGCUGAGGAAAAGCAAAGACCAUGAUUGUACAAGAGGGAUAACAUCAUUAUGACAGUGAGAUGGUGUACGAGAUCAAAGUUAUGAAAUGUAAUUGAUGGAUGCGUGGUUUUCGUGUGGAACGAACAAUCAAGCUCUU